GUCUCGAUGGCGCCGCACGCUUGCCUCUCUAGGCCUCGGCUAGCUCUGUGGUGACGGUGGCCGAGGUGGGCCGUCGAUCUGAAAAGAGUGGCGGGAGCUGCUUCACUUCCUCCAGGUUUCCCGGAGAGCUGCAGGUCGCUUCCCCAGUGACCUGGCCGGGAAGGGUUCCUAGGCGUCCAGAUCCCACGGCAAAGGUGCCCGGAGCCCGCGGGAGCAGGCCGGCCGCGCGGGCACCAUGCCGCUCGUGCCCCAGCGGGUACCCGAGCAGAAUGACUGCGGCUUGGUGGCCAGCCUCGACAACGUCAGGAACCUCUCCACUGUCCUGAAGGCCAUUCAUUUCCGAGAGCAUGCCACGUGUUUCGCCACCAAAAAUGGAAUCAAGGUGACAGUGGAAAACGCCAAGUGUGUGCAAGCGAACGCCUUUAUCCAGGCUGGAAUAUUUCAAGAGUUUAAAGUUCAGGAAGAGCCUGUUACUUUUCGAAUUAAUUUAACAGUCCUUUUAGACUGCUUAUCUAUUUUUGGAUCAAAUCCUGUGCCAGGGACUUUAACCGCACUGCGCAUGUGUUACCAAGGUUACGGCUACCCUCUGAUGCUCUUUCUGGAAGAAGGAGGAGUGGUGACAGUCUGUAAAAUCAGUACCCAGGAGCCCGAGGAAACUCUGGAUUUCGAUUUCUGCAGCACCAACGUUGUUAAUAAAAUUAUUCUGCAGUCCGAGGGGCUCCGUGAGGCAUUUUCCGAGUUGGAUAUGACUAGUGAGAUCCUGCAGAUCACCAUGUCUCCUGACAAGCCUUACUUCAGGCUGUCUACCUUCGGGAACGCAGGAAGCUCCCACCUCGACUACCCCAAGGACUCUGAUUUGAUGGAAUCAUUUCAUUGUAAUCAGACCCAGGUCAACAGAUACAAGAUCUCGUUGCUGAAACCCUCCACAAAGGCACUGGUCCUGUCCUGCAAGGUGUCUGUUCGCACGGACACCCGCGGGUUCCUCUCGCUGCAGUACAUGAUCAGGAACGAGGACGGACAGAUCUGCUUUGUGGAGUAUUACUGCUGCCCCGACGAAGAGCUUCCUGAGUCCGCGUCCUAGUUCCAGAUGUACAAGAUGAUUCAGUAGAGAAUGUAUCUUAAAGCAGUGAUUCUUCAAGCCUUGUACCCAGACCAACACCAUCGGCAUCACCUGGAAGCUUGUCAGCGGCCCUGCCAGUGGGCCAGCAGUCGUGGUUUAAAGAGCCCCGCCCACCCCUGGAAAUUCUGGUGCAUGCUGAAGUUUGAGAACCGCUGUGUUAGAGGGCACUUAAAAAGACAAGCGUGUAAUUGCAUUGAAGUGAUUGCUUUUCUAUGUGAUUUCUUCAUAAGCUUCUGAAGCUUAGGGAUCACUAAACAAUUUUGAGUAAGUAUAUGGUUUAUUUUUAAGUAUUUUGAAGAAAUAUAUGAACAAGAUAUAAAAGUCUUCAGAGCUACAGAUGUUCUUGUUCUCAAAAGUGUUCAGUGCGGUGAGUACUUAGUAGACACCUGUUUCCCUGAGUUUCUCAACCAAAGGAAGGUGUAGGAAGCCAGUUACGAAGUUAUUUUUGCAUUUCUUGGGUAACCUGCCAUGAAGUAAUUUUGCAGCAUGUAGAUAAUUUAAUAAUAACUAAAAUUACCUGGCUUGUUUUCUAGUAGAAAAAAAUAUAUACCUAAAAUAGUUUCUGGCCCUGGCCGGUGUGGCUUGGUUGGAGCAUGUCCUGUACACCAAGAGGUCGGUUCAAUUCCCAGGGCAGUAACACGCCUAGGUUGUGGGUCCCAUCCCUGGUUGGGGCGCUUAUUGGAGGCAGCCAAUCGAUGUUUCUCCCACCCACUGAUGUUUCUGUUUCUCUCUUUCUCUCCCCUCCCCCCUCCUUUCUCUAAAAUCAAUAAAUAUUUUUUUUAAAAACC